AUGGUAGAUAGUAUCAUCAUCGAAAAAGAAAGAUCCGAACCAGAGGAUAAGUCUCUAUACAAAACAUACCACAUUAGCAGAGCACUAAGGCAGAUCUCCAGACGCCCAGUUAGCCGCACAUUUAGACAAUUCAGAAGGAAGCUACUAAUCAAAGCUUUCCACUAUAACAACGAGCUAUUAGCUAGAAAAACAUCGGAAUACAGCUUAAUAAGCGAUGGUAUCUUAAUCUACCAUACUCCACCUGGCCAUACUAAGAUAAAUGGUUAUACAGAAAGGUCUAGUAGGAUGAUUAUUACCUAUAUACAAAUGCUCUCGAUUAAAGGAAAGCUUCCUAAAGAUCUAUAG